GGAGACACCACUGGCUGCGACUGUGACACUCUGUUCUCUUUUUUGCUUCCUUCAACUUCUUCAUCACCAUCACCAUCAUCAUCACCAUCAUCAUCACCAUCAUCAUCACCAUCAGCAGCAGCAGCAGCUUCGUCUUUAUCAGCUUCCUCCGAGCGAAUCAGCUCGACGCACCUUCAGGAGGCGCUGCGCUCCAAGAUCGAGAUGGGGAACAGGCAUUUUCAGCUUACCAAAGACUUUCCCUUGUGACACCAAAAGCAAAAUGGAUAUAUCCGCAUCCUCGCUGCAGAAUGGCUCAAAAAAGCGGGUUAAGAUUCACCCAAACACAGUGACGGUGAAAUAUGCCAGCCACUUUCCCCAGCCUGGGGAUGAAGGCUACGAUGACGCACCCUCCUUUGAGGAUUUUGGUGCCUUUGCGGAAGCCAAUGUGGGAAAGAGACUGGUGUCAGACAGCAAAGGUGGCAGGACUUUCUUCGGGACUAUGGAGACGCAGCCGAGGCAGCCGAGCGUGCAGAGGGACAAGGGGGUCGAAGGUCAGCUUGCUAGCUUUGGCGAGGCGAAUGUGUUGGCCUCCAGGGUGACAUGGAUGGCUUUGUUUGGGGCGGCGGUGGCUCACGGUUGCGUGGCGCUGAUCACCCGUUUAGCGGCCGACCGCUCCAAAGUGCCUUCCCUUGAGCUGCUCUUCAUCCGCUCUGUGAUCCAAGUGCUCUCCAUCUUGGUGGUCUUCUACUAUCACGAAGCACCGUUCGGCCCUAAGGGCUACCGGUUGCGUCUCUUCUUCUACGGUGUGUGCAACGUGAUCUCCAUCACCUGCGCCUACACCUCCUUUGCUAUAGUACCGCCCAGUAAUGGCACCAUUAUGUGGCGUGCCUCCACCACAGUGUUUAGUGCCGUGCUGGCCUUCCUGCUGCUGGACGAGAAGCUGAGCUAUACCGAUGUGGUCACAGUGGUGGGGAGUGUGUUUGGUUUGUGCCUGGUCAUGGUGCCAAAUAUAGCAGAUGAGGAAAAGUCCAGGCUGGGCUUCUGGAAGGAGGCCUUUGGCUACACGAUGACAGUGAUGGCCGGCUUGACUGCUGCUCUCUCCAUGAUCGUGUACAGAGCCAUCAAGGAGCGUGUCAGCAUGUGGACGGCACUCUUCACCUUUGGCUGGACGGGCACCGUGUGGGGCGCCUCCACCAUGUUUAUCAUGCAGGAGCCUAUCAUCCCCCUGGACGCCGAGACCUGGGGCUACUUAAGCGGGAUCUGCAUUUGCUCCACCGUGGCUUUCCUCGGAGUCUACUAUGCCCUAAACAAGUUCCACCCGGCCUUAGUUAGCACUGUGCAGCACCUAGAGUUCGUGGUGGCCAUGUUCCUCCAGCUCAUUGUUUUGAGGAUGAUCCCCUCAGCCUAUGAUGUCAUCGGAGGCCUGAUCAUCAUGGUCAGCGUGUUCACCCUGACAGGACUGAAGCUCUACAGAGUGAGCAAGGCCAUUCGCCAGGAUUACCAAGAGAUCCUGGACUCACCCGUCAAAUGAGAUUCCGUGUUGGUCGACUGUCUUUCUGUUCACAACGUCGCUUGGUUGUGCAGUUUAAAGAAUGUCUGGAUCUUCAUUUAACAAUUUUUUGUAUAGUCGUGCUGUUGGAAGAGUGCUUUAAUGUGUCUUAAUAUUUUGUGUGUGUGU